AUGCAAGUAGUUCACGACAUAUCAGAGUUUCAAGAUGGAGAAGAACGUAUUUUAGUUUUAAAAGAUUCUUCUAUACUUGAAAAUGAAGAGGAAGGAGAUCAAUUGGUUUCAAUACAGCUAGAGGAGCAACAAAGACUCAAAAAGAACUUAGAAAACAAAAAAAAGAAACCAGUUUAUACUGGCUAUGACGAUGAAGAGUUUAAUUUUGGGGGGUGGUACGGUGACGGCACAGUUAAAUUGGGUGAAGAUGAUUUACGAAACCAAGUGUCUGAAAAACUAAGGUCAAAUCCUAUUUCUCUAUCUUUUGACAAAAUGAAAGAGAUUCAGGAUUAUUACACCAAAGAAGAAGCAGAAAUCACUUUUAAGAAACCUAAAGUCAAAAAGAAGAAAAAAGUCCGACAGAAGACUGUAGAUAAUGAUUCAUUGAUAGCUGAAAAUCAAGUCAAUGAUCCUAACUCAAUGGAAAUAGAUUCAACAUCAUCUCUUACGACCACACAGAGUAGAAGGCGAGAAAAUCUGGAUGACGUGAGUUUUGUUGAUGAUGAUGAACUCCAACAAGCUCUAGCCAGAGCAAGAAAAAUGGCUGCCAAAAAAGUAGCGAAAGCUUCAGUGGAAGAAAUUGCAAGAAAUUUAACACAAGAACGAGAAACACAGGAGGAAGACGAUGAUGUGCCUGAUAGUGGAUUGGUGAUUUCAGAUACAUCAGAAUUUGUUCGAUCUCUGUCAGUAGCAUCAUCAGCAUCAAGACUUAUAGAAAAAGACGAAAAUGGUGGCUGGAAAGUAGCUGGCGUAGUUGAAGACCAGGACAUGGCCAGCAUUAAUGAGGAACCAAAAUUGGUCGGCGUAGUCGAAGAAGAACCAUUGGUCAGUAAUGGAAUGGCAGCAACAUUAGCUCUUUUACAGCAAAAAGGAUUCUCAAUUAAGCCAACUGAAGAACAGCUUGAAAAAGAGCGUGUUCAAAGAGAAAGACAAAAAUGGCUUGCUGAACAGCGUAGAAGAGAUCUUGAAAGGCAAAAUGAAAGAGAACGUGAAAAGCAAAGAGCCAAAGAAAAGGGCUACCGUGGAGGAGGGGGUGGUCGAAAUGAUGACAGUAGUUAUCGCGAUCGUGAGCAUCUUAGAGAAAUGGAAGCAAGAUUUAAAGAUUAUAAACCAGACAUUAAUUUGGAGUAUGUUGAUGAGUUUGGUAAUCAAUUAACACCUAAAGAGGCAUUUCGUCAAUUAUCUCAUAAAUUCCAUGGAAAGUCGUCUGGAAAAUCUAAAACUGAGAAACGUCUAAAGAAACUUGAAGAAGAACGCAAAUUAAAAGCGAUGAGCAGUGUUGACACACCGUUGAACAUGGCGACCGCUUUGCAAGAGAGACAAAAAGCUAGCGGAAGUGCACAUGUUGUUUUGUCUGUUGGUAAUAGAGCUGUUGUUCCAAAUAGCAUGAUGCCAAACAAUGAUACCAGAGCCUCUAACUCUAAUAAAUCAGUUCCUAGUGUGUUAUCAGCCAAUGGUCCUAAUAUCAUUACAGUUAACGGAGGGUUAACAGGCCAAAGCAUGAAUGCACCAGAGAGAGAGAAGGUAACAUUCGGGUUAAAACGUAAAGCCGAAGCCGAGACUGAAAAACCAUCAAAGAAAUCCAAAGAUGAAUAA